CUUAACCCCAUCUCGUCUUCCUUGACAAGUCCGUCUGGACAUUCAUCUCCCUUGAGUCCUCCCCUGUGUCGUGGGCGUGUGGCAUAAACCGGGACGUAUUCAAGGUUCUUGAUCCACGGCCGUCAAGGAAAAAAAUUCCCACAGUCCCGGUCCAAAAGCGGAGAGAGUCUCCAUAUCUAUCCUCCUCCCUCCCUCUCCGCGCCGUAGAGGGUAACUCUCCCUCUCAAUUGACUCAUCCCAACCACCCUCCUCCCUUUACUCUUCUCUCCCCUUUCCUUCACACCAGCGCAGCGCGCAAUGGUUCUCGCCGCUCGUUGCGGGCAGGCUACGUCCGCCCUUUUGCGUCAGCGGUGUCUGGCCGAGUCUCGUCGUUCGGCCCUCGCUCUGCGCCCAUUCUCCUCCCAGACCACGGCGCACUCCGCGGCCUCGAGUCUCAGAUUGCAGAAGGCCCCCUCGCCAUGGUGCCCCCAGCAGCUGCGCUCCUUCUCUAGUGCCCUCCGCCGCCUGGCCUCGGAGUCCCCCAACGCCCCCUCCGCCGACAGCUACCUCGCCAGCGGGAUCGUGAAGCCCGGUGGCAACCUGGUCGAUGUCAAGAAGGUCCUGGUCAUCGGUAGUGGUGGUCUGAGCAUUGGACAGGCCGGAGAGUUUGAUUACUCUGGCUCCCAGGCUCUGAAGGCCCUCAAGGAGGCCGGCGUGCAGUCCGUCCUGAUCAACCCCAACAUUGCGACCAUCCAGACCGAUCACAAGCUCGCUGACGAAGUGUACUACCUGCCGGUUACCCCCGAGUAUGUCACUUAUGUCAUUGAGCGCGAGAGACCCGAUGGUAUCUUCCUGUCUUUCGGUGGUCAGACCGCCCUGAACCUGGGUGUGCAGAUGAACCGUAUGGGUAUCUUCGAGCGCUACGGCGUCCGGGUUCUCGGAACCAGCGUCAAGACCCUGGAGACCAGUGAAGAUCGUGAUCUGUUCUCCAAGGCUCUGAACGAGAUCAACAUCCCCAUUGCCGAGUCCAUUGCCGUCAGCACCGUCGACGAGGCCCUGAAGGCUGCCGAGACCGUUGGAUACCCCAUCAUCGUUCGCUCCGCCUACGCUCUGGGUGGUUUGGGUUCCGGCUUCGCUGCCAACCCCGAGGAACUGGAGAACCUGUCUUCUCGUUCCUUGACCCUCUCUCCUCAGAUUCUGGUCGAGAAGUCUCUCCGUGGCUGGAAGGAGGUUGAGUAUGAAGUUGUCCGGGAUGCCGCCAACAACUGCAUCACGGUUUGCAACAUGGAGAACUUCGACCCUCUGGGUAUCCACACCGGUGACAGUAUCGUUGUUGCCCCCAGUCAGACCCUGUCCGACGAGGAGUACCACAUGCUCCGUACUGCUGCCAUCAAGAUCGUCCGUCACUUGGGUGUCGUCGGUGAAUGUAACGUCCAGUACGCUCUGCAGCCCGAUGGCCUUGACUACCGUGUUAUUGAGGUCAACGCUCGUCUCUCUCGUUCCUCUGCUCUGGCCUCCAAGGCGACUGGUUACCCUCUUGCCUACACUGCUGCGAAGAUCGGUCUGGGCCAUACCCUUCCCGAACUUCCCAAUGCUGUCACCAAGACCACCACCGCCAACUUCGAGCCCAGUCUGGACUACAUUGUCACCAAGAUCCCCCGGUGGGAUCUGAGCAAGUUCCAGCACGUCAAGCGUGACAUUGGCAGUGCCAUGAAGUCUGUUGGUGAGGUCAUGGCCAUCGGCCGUACCUUCGAGGAGUCCUUCCAGAAGGCUAUCCGUCAGGUUGACCCCAGCUUCCUUGGUUUCCAGGGUGACAAGUUCGAGAACCUUGAUGAUGUCCUGAAGAACCCCACCGACCGCCGCUGGUUGGCUGUUGGCCAGGCCAUGCUCCACGAGAACUACUCUGUGGACAAGGUCCACGAGUUGACCAAGAUCGACAAGUGGUUCCUUUACAAGCUCCAGAACAUUGUGGACUGCCACCACGAGCUCAAGGACAUCGGCAGCCUCUUCGGUCUCCAGAAGGAGAUCCUGCUGAAGGCCAAGAAGCUCGGUUUCUCCGACAAGCAGAUCGCUCUCCUUGUUGGCUCCAGCGAGGAUGAUGUCCGCGCUCGCCGUAAGUCGUUCGGCGUCCGCCCUUGGGUCAAGAAGAUCGACACCCUCGCCGCCGAGUUCCCCGCUGACACCAACUACCUGUACACCACGUACAACGCCACCUCCCACGAUGUUUCCUUCGAUGACCACGGUGUCAUCAUUCUGGGAAGCGGUGUGUACCGUAUCGGUAGCUCUGUCGAGUUCGACUGGUGUGCCGUUAACGCCACUCUUUCCCUGCGCGGCAUGGGCAAGAAGACUGUGAUGAUCAACUACAACCCCGAGACCUACUCCACUGACUUCGACACUGCUGACAAGCUCUACUUCGAGGAGCUCAGCUACGAGCGUGUCAUGGAUAUCUACGAGCUCGAGGCUGCCAGCGGUGUUGUCGUGUCUGUCGGUGGUCAGCUUCCCCAGAACAUUGCCCUCCGUCUGCAGGAGACUGGCGGCGCCCAUGUGCUUGGAACCGACCCCAAGGACAUUGACCGUGCUGAGGACAGACACAAGUUCUCCUCCAUCCUGGACAGCAUCGGUGUUGACCAGCCUGCCUGGAAGGAGCUCACCUCCGUCGCUGAGGCCGAGAAGUUCGCUGAGGCCGUUGGAUACCCCGUCCUGGUCCGCCCCAGUUACGUCCUGUCUGGUGCUGCCAUGAACGUGAUCUACAGCGUCGACGAGCUCAAGGAGAAGCUUCUCAACGCCAGCGCCGUCUCCCCCGACCACCCCGUUGUCAUCACCAAGUUCAUCGAGGGUGCCCAGGAGAUCGACGUUGAUGCUGUUGCUUCCAAUGGCAAGCUUCUGCUGCACGCCAUCUCUGAGCACGUCGAGCCUGCUGGUGUGCACUCUGGUGACGCCACUCUGGUUCUCCCCCCUGCCUCCCUGGAGGAGGCUGUCAUGGGUCGCGUCAAGGAGAUUGCUGAGAAGGUUGCCAAGGCUUGGAACAUCACUGGCCCCUUCAACAUGCAGAUCAUCAAGGCCGAUGUCGAGGGUGCCCAGCCCGAGCUGAAGGUCAUUGAGUGCAACCUCCGUGCCUCCCGCUCCUUCCCCUUCGUUUCCAAGGUCCUGGGAACCAACUUCAUUGACGUUGCCACCAAGGCCCUUGUCGGACGUGACGUUCCCGAGUCCGUGGACCUCAUGAGCGUCAAGCGCGACUACCUCGCCACCAAGGUUCCCCAGUUCAGCUGGACCCGUCUUGCUGGUGCCGAUCCUUUCCUCGGUGUCGAGAUGGCCAGUACUGGUGAGAUUGCCUGCUUCGGCAAGGACGUGGUCGAGGCCUACUGGGCCUCCAUGCAGUCCACCAUGAACUUCCGUUGUCCCGAGCCUGGUGAGGGUAUCCUGCUUGGUGGUGAUAUCACCAACCCUGCUCUGGCCCAGAUUGUUGAGUACCUCAAGCCCCUGGACUUCAAGUUCUUCGCUGCCAGCCCCGCUGUCAAGGAGCACCUUGAGGCUGCUGCCAACGUUUCCGUGCAGGUGAUUGAGUUCCCCAAGGAGGACAAGCGUGCUCUCCGUGGUGUCUUCGAGAAGUACAAUGUCCGCGGUACCUUCAACCUUGCCAAGACCCGCGGCAAGACCCUUCUUGACGAGGACUACGUCAUGAGACGUAACGCCGUCGACUUCGGCGUGCCCCUCUUCAUGGAGACUAAGACUGCUCUGCUCUUCGCCCAGGCCAUGAACCAGAAGCUGCCCCGUGCGGAAGGCAUCCCCGCGGAGGUCCGCACCUGGUCCAACUUCACCGGCGGCAAGCUGCUGUAAACGAGUGUUUACCGAACAAAAAAAAAAGGACAAAAGUUUGAUUUCAUACAUAUAAUUACGGUUGUGUAUUGGUUCAUCUUUCCAGGCACCGAAAAGCCGCCGUGUUUGGCGUAGCGGAUACGGGCUCCAUGUUGAUAUAGAUAUGUCGUUUGCUUAGCCCGGACAUUUGGGCUUUUGUGGAUCGUCUUUGCAAAGGCGAUAUGAGGAAUUACGGUCACGCGCUCUGUGGUUUUUUUUCCCUUUUGCUUUGUUUCUUUUGGCCUUGUGGGUGAUUCUUUCCCGUUACCUUUCCCCCAUCCCCACCUUUUUCACAGUCCAUAGUUUUGUAGGCCGGCUUUUGCGUGAGCGAAAAGUCACGGCUUGUUUUGAUUCGAGGUGGUGUGUAGUAUAGCAUGUUG